AUGGCAGUAUCUACAAGGAGAAUUACUCGUUCAGAGCCUUUGGACAGCCAGAACGACCAACAGGACAAUGGAAUGGGCGUUGAUCCUACUCAGGGACCCACCAAAUCCAGCGACAAUAGCGAAACCCAGGAUGGCGAAGUGGACGUCCACCGACCGAUGGGACUUCGCGAGAUGCAAGAGAUUGUGGAUAAUCAACCACUGUCUACCGAACAACUUCGAGUCCUUACUGACAGGAUCUGGGUACUCGUGAAAGCUCGUACAGGAAAACGGGCUAACGAAAACACCGACGAUGAGGACGACAGACCACGUACAACCCUCAAAGCCUGGAGCGAUUGGAAGAUUGAGAUCCAACAAGCUUUCGAUGCAUCCCUAUAUAAAUAUGACAACAACCGAACCAAAGUAAUCAAGGCACUGAUUCACCUUCAUGAAGAUUGCAAAACAAUGUGGAAUAACCAUAUCCGCUCUGCUCCUGACGAUAAAUAUAACUGGAAAGCCUUUAGUACCUGGCUCAACUCUACUAUUCAGGACUAA